AUGGUGGCUGAAUGGGCAUGGCUGAAAGGCUCUGCAUCGUACCAGUGCGGCCGAGGGGAGAUGUACAGGAGUGCCACCACGGCAAGAGAGCUGGACAACCACUUCCUUUCCAAAACUCCACACCUGAGCAAGAUUUUGGCAAUGCCAGUGGUUUGUAGCCCUGCAGUGUUUGCCAAGCGUCCAGGAUGUGGCCUUCGGUCAUGGGACAGACUGAUUCACCUUCCUGACAGAAAUCAGCAUUGGAACAUAGAGAGCAUAGCAGAAAAGCGUUGGUGUAGGAGAGGACAUUCAAAACAUUGUGAUACCCAGAGGAAUGGACAGCAGCUCCCGCAGUGCCGACAUGCUUCAACUCCAACUAGCACCAUUUUACAGCCAGGCCAUAGAAAAGCAAACUUGCAAGUCAUGUCAAGUGUCCAGGAAUACCAAAAAGAAGAAAAAAUGUGUAAAGGGUAUAUCCCCAGUUACUUAGACAAGGAUGAGCUGUGUGUAGUAUGUGGGGACAAAGCCACCGGAUACCAUUAUCGCUGCAUCACUUGCGAAGGCUGCAAGGGUUUUUUCAGAAGGACCAUUCAGAAAAACCUCCAUCCGACCUAUUCCUGUAAAUAUGAAGGAAAAUGUGUGAUAGACAAAGUGACGAGAAACCAGUGCCAGGAAUGUCGCUUCAAAAAAUGUAUCUUUGUUGGCAUGGCAACAGAUUUGGUGUUGGAUGACAGCAAGAGAUUGGCAAAGAGAAAGCUGAUAGAGGAAAAUCGAGAGAAGAGACGUCGGGAAGAGCUGCAGAAAACCAUUGGGCACAAACCGGAGCCAACGGAUGAGGAAUGGGAGCUGAUCAAAAUCGUCACUGAAGCACACGUGGCCACCAAUGCACAAGGAAGCCAUUGGAAACAGAAGAGGAAAUUUCUGCCAGAAGAUAUUGGGCAGGCACCAAUAGUUAAUGCCCCAGAAGGUGGGAAAGUGGACUUAGAAGCCUUCAGCCAGUUUACAAAAAUUAUCACACCAGCGAUUACAAGAGUGGUGGAUUUUGCCAAAAAGUUGCCUAUGUUUUGUGAGCUGCCAUGUGAAGACCAGAUCAUCCUUCUGAAAGGCUGCUGCAUGGAGAUCAUGUCCCUCCGAGCAGCGGUCCGCUAUGAUCCUGAGAGUGAGACUCUAACACUAAACGGGGAGAUGGCAGUGACCAGGGGCCAGCUGAAGAACGGGGGUCUUGGUGUGGUGUCCGAUGCCAUUUUUGACUUGGGCAUGUCUCUGUCUUCAUUUAACCUGGAUGACACCGAGGUUGCCCUUCUUCAGGCUGUUCUGCUCAUGUCAUCAGAUCGCCCGGGCCUGGUCUGCAUCGAGAGGAUAGAGAAGUGUCAGGAGGGCUUCCUGCUGGCAUUUGAACACUACAUUAAUUACAGAAAGCACCACGUUGCACACUUUUGGCCAAAACUGCUGAUGAAAGUGACAGACCUGCGAAUGAUCGGAGCCUGCCAUGCCAGCCGCUUCCUGCACAUGAAGGUGGAGUGCCCCACAGAACUCUUCCCUCCGUUGUUCUUGGAAGUGUUUGAAGAUUAG